AUAUGGGGUCUUCUCAGCGGUGUUGCUGGGAAUAUAUAUGAAUGGUAUGAUUUUGCUGUGUAUGGCUUAUUGGCACCAGAAAUCGGGCAGUCUUUUUUUCCAACGUCAUCUGACGAACUCCAACUAAUAAACUCAUUUGGAGUCUACUUGGCUGCCUUUCUUAUGCGCCCUUUGGGCGCCAUCGUAUUUGGUGAGAUGGGCGACCGCCUUGUUGGCCGGAGGAAUGCUCUAGUUUUCUCCAUUCUGCUUAUCACGAUCCCUUCAAUUUUGAUGGGAUUGCUUCCGACCUACGACACUUGGGGUGUAGCAGCGCCUGUUCUACUGGUCCUUCUCCGUAUGAUGCAAGGGCUGAGUGUCGGAGGACAGCUUGCUGGCAGCUAUGUUAUCAGUAUUGAACAAAGCUCUCCUCGAACGCGUGGAUUCCGCGGAAGUGUUUGCGACGCAAGUUCAGUCGGUGGCUUUCUAUUAGCAUCCGCAGUUACUACUUUG